AAUGAAACCCCAGGUCCAGGAUUCUGUAGUGUCACUCCUCAGUCUGCCGAGAUCAACAGCACCUCAUUGUCAAAGAAAGGAACUGGGUUCUUCCCUGCGCUGCCAUUUCCUAGUGAGCUGUCCCCUUUUAAACUGCACUUUAAUGCAAGAUACAACCACUGUGUGGUGAGGCAGAGCACGCUGACUCUUUGUCACUACGACAUCAACAAUUCCCUCAUCAAGGUGUCUCCCAAGGGUAUAACAUCUUGCUUCAAGCCAAGGACCUCCCGCCUAGCAAGGACAGACAGAUUUACUCCAGAGCCCGCAACCUAUCAGCCACAUAAACCUACCAAGGAAGCAAAGAAAACUCCCUUCAGAGCAAGAAGCCAGAGCACACAUGACCUGGACAAAGAUCCUUCGUACCCCAGGCAGAUUAAGCAUCAGGCUGUGUUCCCUUGGCAUUGCCAGGGCCUAAGCUCACCCCCCGAGGAACACACGGGGCAUAGAGAGUCCACCCUGGGAACCACGGGGCAGGAACGGCAGAAAUUCUGCGUGACUCUCUCUGCUCCAGCCAUCCCACCUUGCAAAAAUCCUCCUUUGCCUGGGCCUGGGCAGGACGAGCUUGUGGAUUACAAAGGGUCUCCAAAGCGUGACUGCUCGAGCGUUGUGUUUGUCUGAAACACAGGGCGAUGGACAGAGCACGGAUCACAGGAAGGGUUCCCUGGGCCGGGUGAAAGGGCAGACGGAGUUUCACCUUCCUCUCUCUUUGAUCCUCUCCGAUACCCAACGCAGCGCCAGGGCAUCUCCAAACACAAGGUGCUUAUUUGCCCAGAGCACUCGCGACGGAUUCCUUCAUCUACAGCUACGGUGGGAGGUGGCUCCCGGCGCUGCGAGCAGCAGAACCCGGACACGAGAGCAGGGCUCCUCAAACAGGAGCUCCGUCAAACUCUGCAGAGCACACGCUAA